AUGUAUUUCUACUUGGCUGCAAUUAUUGCAUUUAUUAGCUACGCUUUUUACAAGUGUUACAUUUAUCCCUUAUAUUUGUCUCCUUUACGUAAAAUUCCUGGUCCACCUGUUGACAAUGUUAUUCUUGGACACUAUGCUUCUUUUUUAAAUAAAGAUUUAGGUGAAGCUCUUGCUUACUUAUCAAAACAAUAUGAUGGGAUAUUUAAGUAUCACGGCUUAUGGAAUAAACCAUACAUAGUAAUUUCCGAUCCAAAACUUGUCCAACAAGUGCUUGUGAAUCGUUCAUAUGAAUAUCCAAGGUUCAUUUUUAACAAAAACAUGGUCAAGGAAUUUGAAAUGGUUCCAACAUUCGUUCAAGCUGGUCAUAAAUUAAAAGACAACUGGAUUAAACAAAUUGGUAACAAGAAAGAGGAAAGAAUUACGAUUACAGCAUUAAUUCCAAAGAUAGCUUUAGAUGUUAUUGGUCUUGUUGGGUUUAAUUACGAAUUUAACUCUACUACUUCAGACUCUGAAUUAGCUCAAGCAUACAAAACAAUAGUGGGCCAUAAUCCUUCGCCUUUACAUAUGGCUCUUGUUGAGCACUUUCCAUUUAUAAGAAACUUGCCAACUGAUUAUAAUAACCAAUAUUUUCACUCUAUUAAAAUUAUCAAUAAUGUUUCAGAAAAACUGGUUGUUGAACAAAAAAAUAGUCCAGUUCGAGGAAAUGAUUUAUUGUCAUUGUUGAUAAAGUCAAAUGAAAACUUGCCAGUUGAUGAGCAAUUAACACAUAAUGAAUUUAUUGGUCAGGUUAUGGCAAUACUCCUAGCUGGACAUGAGACCACUAGUAGUGCGCUAUCUUGGGUACUAUACUUUCUCGCAAAAAAUCCUGAUGUUCAGGAUCGUCUUCGUAAAGAAGUGCUUGAUGUAUUAACCGAUCGUAAUCAUCAUCCAACUAUUGAUGAGAUUGAACAUUUGAAAUAUUUAGAAUGUGUCUUUAAGGAAACUUUGAGGAUUAUUCCACCUGUGCCUACUCUCAUUCGUUGUACUUCUAAAGAUGAAAUAAUGAAUGGUUACUUGGUUCCAAAGAAUACUCCGUUGUGGAUUCCUAUCUACGCAACUCAUCAUGAUCCCUUAAUUUGGGGUGAUGAUGUUGAAUAUUUUAACCCAUCUCGAUGGCUUGAUCCAGAAAUAAAAUCAAGAAUAACAAGUAGUAAUUUCUUGCCUUUUGGCGCUGGUCCAAAAAAUUGUUUAGGAAUGAAGAUGGCACAUUUGGAAUUUAAAUCAAUUUUAUCAGUGCUUAUUAGAAAUUUUGAAUUUAAAUUAGUUGAAGGUUUUACCUUUAAAAAGAAACUUACUGGUUUAUCUAAACCUGUUCCUGGCAUUGAUUUAUGGGUUUCAAAGCUGGAUUAUUAA